AAGGUCUCCCCACCACCACCAGCAACAAUGACGACCGUACAGAAGAUCAAGGAGGUCGAAGAUGAGAUGAACAAGGCCACGAGCUACCACUUGGGGCAGCUCAAAGCCAAGCUCGCAAAGCUCCGCCGUGAGCUGCUGGGUCCGCAGGGUGGCGGAGGCGGAGGCGGCGGUCUUGGAUUCGAUGUCGCCAGGACCGGUAUAGCUUCUGUCGGUUUCGUAGGCUUCCCAUCAGUUGGCAAGUCCACACUGAUGUCUAAACUGACGGGCACACACUCUGAAACGUCGGAGAUUGACUUCACCACCCUUACCACCGUCCCUGGCACAGUAAAAGUCCACGGUGCACCGAUUCAAAUUCUCGAUCUACCCGGUAUCAUUGAAGGUGCAAAUGACGGUCGAGGUCGAGGUCGCCAAGUCGCACGCACUUGUAAUCUCAUUUUCAUUGUCCUUGAUGUCCUCAAGCCUCUCGGCGACAAGAAACUCAUUGAAACGGAGCUAGAGGCAUUUGGCAUCAGGCUCAAUAAGAGGCCGCCAAACAUCACCGUCAAAAAGAAGGACAAGGGUGGGAUAGCGAUCACGAACACGGUACCUCUCACGAAUAUCGACCACGACGAGAUCAAGCGAGUAUACAUCCCUGCCAUCUAUACCCUCAGGCAAGCACAGAUCGACGCAAUUUCCAUUGAGGAAUGGACCUACUCUACAAGAUCCCGAACAGCGUCCCCGUAUCAUCCCGAGAAUGGCUCAAUGUCGACGAGCUCAUUGACUUCAUGUGGCGCGGCUGACCUUGUUCGAGUGUACACCAAGCCGCGAGGAGCAGCACCAGACUACAACUCACCCGUCGUCCUUCGACGGGGCAAGUCAACGGUGGAGGACUUCUGUAACGCUAUACAUAAGGAGAUCGCGAAGCAGAUGAAAUACGCAAUUGUGUGGGGCGCUAGUGCAAAGCACACGAGAGGACAGAAGGUUGGAGUCGAACAUGUAUGGAAGACGAGGAUGGUGCGUCCUUGUUGUGUGCCAAUUGCUCACUUGCUCACGCUGUCUCCUCAAGUCGUUCACAUCGCGAAGAAGUGAUUGUUUCAUCUUACUGUCGCUGUCGUACCUGUACACCUGUAGCCAUAGCUUUCGUAACGCUGUCAUAAUUAUGGACAAGAAGUCUAACAUAGGAGAGGCGUUCCGGGGAUUAGUGAUCAUUACGAUAAAUGAGUAAGAUGCGUUCGAUGCGCGUGACAGAGUGGUGUGCAAUAGAGAUACAGUAACAAGUUAUUAUGUGUCGGCGAGGUAACAGAGUGGUGGGGCGGGGCGAACUCUAACAAAAUG